CAUCAAUCCGCAGCAUCACCCGACUACGCCAAUAGUUUGGUUGUAAACGGGGAGUCUCCCGACAUUCCAAAUGGUCUACGGAGAAGCUCGUUGUCUUGAUUCAGAUCACUAACGCGACGACGUAUCCCCAAAGCAUACGCUGUGAUUCAUACUAUUGGAUUACCAACGGAGAUCACCGCAAGCACCCUAAGGUACUCCCUACACCCACCGCCCAAGCGGAACGAGCCUCUUCAUAGUCGGGGUAGUCUCAACCAGAUUCUCUUUAGUCCCGAAUCCACCAUGGGCGACCAACAAACAAAUCGGCAAAAGGCAAUGGCGGCCGUACAUGCAAUGUUCGAAAAGUACAAGUUGCUUGCAGCCCGCAGGCCCAAGAACCAUGUCGACUUUGACCGAGAAGUCAUGUUGAAUCUGGAGCUCGUGGAUGCAAGCCUCGAUGGUACAGUUACUUAUGAACUCGUCAUUGGGCCCAACUUUUCGAACUUGAACAAUGUUAUGCAUGGAGGCGCCGCCGGUGUUAUAUUCGACAUGUCCACGACGACGGCUCUUUGUCCUCUUGCUCGGCCUGGGUUCUGGGAAUUCAUGGGCGGCGUAACUCGUUCUCUCAACAUCUCCUAUCUUAAGGCGGUGCCCAUCAACACCAGGGUGCGACUCAAUAGCAGAGUGGUAAGUGUGGGCAAGCAGAUGGCUAUGAUCCGAGGCGACAUGACCAGCCUGGAUGGCAAGACAACAUACUGCACAGUGGAGCACCAUAAAGUGAAUGCGCCUGUGGUCAAAGAGCAUCUAGAUGUAAGAACAGCGUGGGAUGAAGAAUUCGCGAGGGAAUGGAAAGCGAAGGGCAUGAAAGAAGUGAAAAGCAAAAUAUGAUGAAGUUGCCCAGGCCCAACGCCGAGACAUGCAUUCUGGAUAUUUGAUUCAUCAUGACUAUGGCCAAAAGCGGUA